AUGGCAGUUGAGGCAAAGACUUGGCGCGGCUUGCGCCAUGGCUUGGCGCCACCCGAGGAGACGAACGCCGCCAGGAUUGGCUCAGCAGUGGUGGCGGCCCUUCAGUCGAUGCACGACAAGGGCCUCGUCCAUGGUGACCUUCAUUUGCACAACAUCGGAAUGAAAGAUGCGCACAGCAAGCAGCCAAUAGUGCAACUGAUCGACUUCGGAAGAUCUGCCAGCAAGGCUGCGGUAACGGGCCCCUGUGGGGAUGCCUUCCGCGCGGGGCAUGAAUAUGAUGUGUGCAGAUUCAUUCGCGAGCUUUGCUCAGCGUUUGAUGAGUUGCAGCGUGACUUUGAGGAUGUCGUGCAGGAGUGUCAGAAAGAGCUGCGAGAACUGAAAAGAUCCAAAGAGACAGAAGCACCGGAAACUGAUUGGCAGUUGCACCAUGCACGCCAGCUGGCUGGCUUGCAAGCGUUCUUGGAGGAAGAGCCCAAGGGCCUUGAGAAUGCAGAGCUGGCCUUCAACACUGUGCUAGCUGCAGUGUGGUACUAUGUCACAGUCAAGCUAGACAUGGUGGCGGAUGGCCCCAUUUCGGUGAAGAACCGUCGGCUGCGACAAGCCUGCAAGAGGAGGGAGUCAGCCACCUACAAGAUCUACUUCAAAUCGGAUUUGUUUUGGGGAGACUGCAGCUGAUGCUGGUGACCACGGCAACCGGUGGUUUUCUAGUGCGGUGCACUGUCGAACCGGGGCAGCCGUGUGGGGUGGAACAGAGUGGAAAGGAGGGGAGGUGCAAAAUCUCUGCUCAGUUCCAAUGGAUUUCUAUGACUUUUCGAUCUUCCUAAUUGGUGUCGCAGCUGAUUUCAGAUGAAC